AUGGCUAAAAAAGGAUCGCUGAAAAAACGGAGUAAGAAGGAAGAGCAGAGAGAUGAAAUUGUUGAGGAUCUUGACCUUGAGGUGGACGACUACGUAGUGGAAGACGAAGAUGUCAUUCACAACCGUCGGACUAGCAGAAAAAAGGAUGAUGAUGAGGAAUUGGAAGAUGUAUUACCCUCAGAGGCGCAUAAGAUGGAGGGUUACGAUGACGAUGAUGAUGAACGUGGUGCCCACCUGGAGGAAGAAGCACUUGCAGUGGAAGCAAAUAAAAAUAUGCGACGAAAAAUGAUUGAAUCCGAUUUCGAUGUUGGAGGUAUUAUAACUGGUAUUAAACGUAAACGAAGUAAUGAAACUAAUGGUUCAAAUAAUGUUGCACCUGUAAUUGAGGCAGUGGAACGUGACUAUGCUGCCCUUUCAUCUUCAGAGAGAAUGGCUAUUGUACAAAAGGAGUCCCCAGAGAUGAUUAAAAUGUUGGAAGAAAUGAAACAGUACCUUGCUGAAGUUAAGGAGUUAGCUAAACCACUCCAAGAAUUACUUUUCCAACGUCGUUUGUCAGAUGCAGACCGAAACCUCGUCCAGUUCCUAGAGACGAAGGUACAAUUGAUGUUAAGUUAUUGUAUGCAUGUGACGUUUUAUUUACUUCUUAAGACAGAAGGUAAAAAAGUGGCAGGACAUCCUGUUAUUGAUAAUCUGGUAGAAAUUCGUGUUUAUCUUGAAAAAUUGUUCCCGUUAGAAGAAAAACUACAAUAUUCGCUUAAUCGUCUCCUUAGCGGCAAGACCACUUCUGCGGCACAUCUUGAUACAUUGCGCCCACUUCAGCACAAUGAGAGAGGUUCUCUUGCGGCUAACAGUGAGGGGAAAAAGAGUCGUAAACAGUUGGAGGCUAUUAAGAAAGCUGAUGAAAUUGAAAAAGAAGAAUUUUCUACUAUGAAUCGUAUUCGUACAAAGAAAUCUGAUAAUCCUGAUGAUGUUUCAGCGGUUGAUCGAAAGGCGGCAGUAUCAGCACUUGGUUAUCAUGAGGAUGAGGAUCAGUAUUUUGCUAAACUAACUGCUGAUGAUGAGGGUGAAGAACAGGGUCUUUCCCUUGUUGAACGACUUCGGAGACGACAACGCUUGUUAGCCAAUGGCGCUACGGCGAACACUGCCGGAAAGGAUGACGACAGUGCUGAGGAGGAAGAGGAUGAUAAUGAUAAUGAUGUCAUGAUCAAUGAUGAUGAGGAAGAUGAGGAUGGCAGUCUCCUCAGCGAGGACGAUGUGGACGACUACGACGCGCUGGUGGCGGAGGAGCACGAGCGGGAGGCGCACCGCAGUGCGGAGGCCUCGCAGCCGAAGCCGAGACUCGACGAGCCGGAGGUCGGCCGCCGCAAGACCAACAAGAAGAUUGAGACCCACCGCGGUCUCACAAAGACACGGCCAAAGGACCGCAAGACACCACGCACCGCACAGCGGCGGAAGUACGAGAAGGGCAUGCGCAUCCACAAGGCACAGUCACGCACCGCACAGCCCGAACCGGAGGGUGGCUUCAUUGGAGUGCCCUCUAUCAAGUCACGCGUCACGCAGAGCAUUCGGUUUUAG